ACCGAAAUUCAUUCCCGCUCCGGCUCGUCGUACGGAGCCUUUGCUCGCAAAUUGGCGCUAACGUCUCGCGCCAAACUCGCGGCCCGCCCGGGGCAGUCAGGGACGACCGGCUCUCUCCUCUCCCGUCCUCGACGAAACGGCGUAGAUAACCGACCGUGUGCCGUGGACGGGCUCCAAAGCCGCUCCCAUCGCGGAAGGGCCGUACUCGGGCAUUCGUCGGAGGACGCGAUACCGACCGACAGCAAGAUCGGCUGAAUCGUCGCCAUGCGGGCGUGGUACCUGGACGAACCGAGCAAGAUGCUCACGCCGAGUCAAGUGCACGACCUCCUCGGAAUCGUCACUUACCACGCAACCUGCAACGAAGACGGCCUGGCGCGGCUCGACGCCAUCAAGAAGGCCAAGAACUGUCAUGGGGAGGACACUCUUUUCAUCCACCCAGACAACGACGACCACCAGAGCAUGCUCAAGAAGUUUUGGCGGGAACACAAGCAUCCGGACGAGGAGAUCCGCUACUUCGAGCGAGGCACGGGCUACUUCGACGUGCGCGACGCCCACGACAGCUGGGUCCGCAUCGAGCUCAUGGACCGGGACCUGUUCGUCCUGCCCGCCAACACCUACCAUAGGUUCCAGCCCAAGAGCCCUGAGAGGUACAGGGGGAUUAUGGAAAUCAUGCUUGACGGCAAGAAGUUCGGGGUGGCAGCGCACGUGACGCCACCGGAAAACACCGCCAGGGGGGUCAUCCACGGAAUACCGGAGGAGGACACGGAAGAAGACAUCAACUGCAACCUGAUUGGAGCCAGGAAUCCCUCGAUCCUCCAGGCGCGGCGCAUGGGACACUCCGGCUCCGUGGUCAUCGUGUUCGAGGGGAAGAAGGUCCCGUACUUUAUCCGGUAUGGGGCCACCGAGAAGAAAUGCUUCCUGCACAAAAAAAAAAAAAGAUAG